UGGCCCAAUGUGCCUGGAAAACCGUACUGGCCCUUUAAAUGUGAAACGAUUAAAGUGAUUUUUCUAAUUAAAAGUGGCAUUUGGGUGAUUCUGACCCAUUUGGGUUCGGUUCUGAUUGCUGUUGAGUAAUGAGUCAGGAAAACACGGCUGUGUUUGGUUUGUUGCUCCGGACGUAGCUGGGAAUGUCAGGAAUCCGGCUGUUUGUGCCGGGAGGAAGCGGUCGGAGCGCCGCGGCGGGAACGAUUAUAUAAUUAUAUGAAUAAUUAGAAAGAUGAGUAAACUUAUCUGAUAUUUCAGUUCCUUUUUAAAUAUAUUUUUUCUCAUCUUAUAAAUCUGUGCGUACGUCUUAUAAGAUAGUUUCAUAUUUGUGUGAUCUGCUCCCACCAAUAACUAACAGCUUGAAAACAUUUAAAAUAUUUCUAAAUGUUUUAAGUAAUACAGUGAGUUAAAAAGAACAUGCAGGACUUUUUACCGUAUUUAAAACACUAAUACUUUAGGAUAUUUUAUCUCUUCUAUAUACAACAAAUAUUCAUUCAUAAGAACUCCCAAAAAUGUAUUUUUAUUAUCUCUUUUCAGCACAUUUUUAUUGCUACAAAAACAUCAUAAACUUUAUUUUACCAACAUUUAGGAAUAAUCAGUUACCGUCUAACCAUUUUUUAAUUUUGUAAAUGAAUUCCCAUCCAUCUGUAGCCGGUGAUGGUCCAGAAAAAUGGAGUUUUAAGGUGGAACAACAAUAAAAAACAGAUAAAUGAAUAUAUAUGUGUGCAUAUGGUAAUUUUAAAAAUGUAUUUUCUCUGUUUUACAUUUAUGACUAUAAUUUAUGACCCUCCGUAUUUUCAGGAGGGGCCGUGGCCCCCUCUGCCCCUCCUGUCAGACGCCACUGCUAAGCAUUUAUUUCUGUCUAAAUAAAACAGAGAGAAAAUUCAGCAGCCGCCCAGUUAUUUCCUGUCCCACCCAAAGACCCGAGCAGAGCAGCGGCACUGGGAACAGACUGGGAUCAGACUGGUCUGACUGGGAUCGCCUCUCUGCUCAGCCUACAGUUUGAAGCUUUUAUUUUGAAGGGUCUGCUCAGUUUGACAACCAGGAGAAACUUUUCUCUGCAGUUCUGGACCCGGUUCUCUUUCCUAAGCGGACGGGUCAGAACCGGACUGGACCUCCAUCAGAACCAGGUUCUGGUUUUUGACCGGCUGGGAACCCGGAUGGAUCCGGUGAAGGCGGACAUGGAGCUGCUGAGCAACAGCAUGGCCGCCUACGCUCACAUCAAAGCCAAUCCAGAGAGUUUUGCUCUUUACUUCAUGAUGGGCGUCUCGUUCGGACUCUUCGUGGCGCUCUGCCUCCUGGUGGCCGCCAUCGCCUGCAGGUCCCGGCGCCACCGCAGGGUUCCUCCGGCCCCCGACAGGCGGCACCUCAAAGAGUCCAGCGACGAAGAGGAGGAAGAGGAGGAAGAGAGCAUGUUUGAGGAAGACCGGGCGGAGUCCGAGGGGAAGGUGGCCCUGGGGCCCUUGAGUGACCGCAGCAGCCGGUCCAACGGGACCCUGAGGAGCCUCGACGUCUUCACAUCCGCAGAGGAGCUGGAGAAGGCCCGGCGCCUGGAGGAGCGGGAGCGGAUCGUCCGCGAGAUCUGGAGGAACGGACAGCCGGACGUCAUAGUGACCGGGACAGGAACCAUUGGCCGGGUCCAUUACCACUAACCGGGACAAAAACGACCAGACGGGUCUAUUACCGCUAACGUUCCGCUAACGCUAACCGGAACAAAAACGAUGCUAACGCUAAUGCUAACCUGGACGAUUGGAGGAGUAAAAUUGCCACUGUUCUGUUCUGGAGAUGAAGUUCUGCAGAACCCCCAGGGUCCAGAAUGAUUUUCUUCUUCUGCUGCAGUGAGACUGAAACUGCUUCCUGGGAAUCAUUGGGAGUAAACAACUUUCUGACUACUGUUUGUUUUUCUUUUCCCAGCUUGUUUACUGCAUCACUUCCUGUGUUCCAGUUCUGACCGGGCCCUCUGGGGCCUCCGGGGCCCAGACUGGGCCGGAUGUUUCUCAGGACCCUCCUGUGUCUCAGAGCAAAGAUCCAGGAAAUGGAGGAUCAUAUUUUCACCGUUUCUCAUUCAUUUAUAAAUGUGUCAGUUUCAACUAAAUAUUUAAUUAGCAAGCUAAAUAUUUAGCAUGGAGAAAUAAUAUUUAGCUAUCAAGCUAAUUAGUUAGCUUCAAACUUCAAAUAUUUAGUUUAGUAGUUGUAGCUUAAUUUUUAAACUAAAUAUUUAAUUGGCUAGCAGAAAAUAUUAGGCGAGUCAGAAUUUAAGCCCCAGUUUUCUCUGACAGGCUGAUAAUCCAGAUUAUUUCUGUUCAGUUUUCAUAAACGCCCCCCUCACAGAACAGCUUUCCAGGUUCCUUCAGCUUUUGCAAAUUUUAGUUUACUCUAAUUUUUGAAAACCAGGAUAAAGACAGAACCCGAACGGAGCAGAAGGAGAUCUGGAACCAGAACUAGUUUUCCAGACUGAGAAGGUUCUGAACUCGGUUCUGUCAGAAACUCUUUCCUCAUUCAAACCAACCUGCAGCUUCCUGUCCAUCAUGAAAAGCUGCAGGAGCGUGCAUGUGAGCGUGCACAACAGAGAUAACAGGAAAAAAAAACAAUUAUCGCUCAGAACAGAAUUUUCCAGGUUUUAUUUUAUUUUUCUGAAUUUUCUCUAAUAAAAAGUUUCCAGAAAUCAAACUUCUACGUGAAUCAACAGGUUUACAGAAAUAAAGAUGAUUUUUUAUUCCAGGAACAUUUUCUG